AGUGUCAAAGUGUCAAGUCACACAAAAGUGUCAAUCAAUGUACUAGGAAAUUGGAAUUAUAGUUUUGAAGUACUGUAAUUUUAUUAAAAUUUCAGUAUUGGUAGAAUUAAAUAAUAAAUUAAAGUAGACCAUUAUGGCGGAGUUGCUACUCGACCCGAAAAUAAGAUUAUGGGUGUUUCUGCCCAUUGUAAUCAUUACAUUCUUGGUUGGUAUUGUAAGGCACUAUGUCUCAAUAAUUUUGUCUUCUCAAAAGAAAAUUGAGCUGCUUCAGGUUCAAGACAGUCAAGUAAUGAUCCGCGCUCGUCUUCUUCGUGAAAAUGGGAAGUACUUACCUCGACAGUCGUUUGCGAUGCGCCGUCAUUGGUUUAACAAUGAGGAGACAGGUUAUUUCAAAGUUCAGAAAAGAGCAGCUGCUUCUCAGAACCCUAUGACAGACCCAGGCAUGAUGACAGAUAUGUUGAAGGGAAAUGUGACAAAUGUGCUACCCAUGAUUGUCAUUGGAGGCUGGAUCAACUGGAUGUUCAGUGGCUUCCUUACUACCAAGGUACCAUUCCCGCUGACUCUGCGCUUCAAGCCGAUGCUGCAGCGUGGCGUUGAGCUCGCCUACCUGGACGCGUCGUGGGUCUCCUCUGCCUCCUGGUACUUCCUCAACGUUUUCGGUCUGCGCACCAUCUAUGCUCUAGUCUUGGGAGAGAAUAAUGCUGCUGACCAAUCUAAGAUAAUGCAAGAGCAAAUGUCGGGAGCGGCGAUGGCCAUGCCUCCGGACCCGAAGGCUGCCUUCAAGGCCGAGUGGGAGGCGCUGGAGAUCACCGAGCAUCGCUGGGCCGUCGCCAACGCCGAAGCAGAAUUACUUGGCACUUCGGAAAAUCAUUCUUGAAUAUACGCAUUUAUUGUAUCUAGUAUAAAUUGUAUCAAUAAGAGAAUGGUAUUAGUGUAAUCUUUCUAUUUAUGAAAAUAAAUGAAUGUCUAUUUAUUGACAAGCUCACAA